UGAUCUCCCGUCACACUACACUUAACUGUGUUUAUAAAUGCAUGCCUUUGUCGCCUCUCUUCAUUCUCAUCCCUGCAACUUCCACUAUCUCAUCCAUCCAUCGCGAUGGCCAUUCCCAAGCCCUUGAAGGUCUACUUUCUUCCAUUCUUCGCACAAGGCCACUUGAUUCCUUUCUCUCAAUUCGCUAGGCUUUUUGCCGCACGUGGCGUCCACGUGACUAUCAUCACUACCCCAUUCAAUGCUCAGUUCCUUCAGAAAUUCAUCGACGAGGACAAAGGCUCCGGCCACCGCCUCGUCAUCGACAUUCACACCGUCACGUUCCCUUCCAAGAACGCUGAUCUUCCUGAAGGAACGGAGAACUUCUUCAACGUUAAGGAUGUUGAAACUGGUGUCAAGAUGUACAUCGCCGCCGCCUUGCUCCGAUCACAAGUCGAGCCUUUCAUCGAGCAAAACCCGCCCGACUGCAUCGUCUCCGACUUCAUCUUCACAUGGACCGGCGACCUGGCCUCAAGUCUGGGAAUCCCCAGGCUCACCUUCAACGCUUUCUGUACUUUCGCAGUUUGCAUGAUAGAUGCUGUACACAAGCACUUCAUUGAUAAAGACUCUUCAGAAUCUCUUGAUGGCGAUCAUAAAACUGAUCCAUUUGGCGCUGUAACUAAUAAACCUUCAGAAUCUCACGAUGAUCAUCAGUCGGAUGAUCCGUUUGUGGUUCCGGGUCUCCCCCACCCGAUUUCCCUCACCCUCCAACCUCCGAGGAGGUUCUUUAAGGAUCUCAAACGUGUACUAGACGCUGCUAUGAAAACCAGCUACGGGCUCAUCGUCAAUAACUUCACUGAUCUGGACUGUGAAGAGUACGUCGAUUACUACCGGAAAAUUAGUGGGCACAAGGUGUGGCACAUCGGACCAGCUUCUCUGAUGCUACAAAACACACUACCUCAAAAGAAUCAUCUUCUUCAUCAUCAUCAUCAACAAACAAGUGAUGACGAUCAUGAAUACAUAACAACAUGGCUCGACUCUAAGGAACCAAACUCUGUAGUGUUCAUCGGAUUUGGAAGCCUGUGUUAUUUCCCUGAUACUCAGCUCUUUGAGAUAGCAUGCGCGAUGGAAUCUUCUGGGCAUUCCUUUAUCUGGACGGUUCAUAAGGAAGACGACGAAGGUAAGAAAGCAUGGCUGCCAGAAGGGUUUGAAGAGAGAACGAAGAAGGAAAAGAAAGGGCUGAUCCUAACGAAAUGGGCCCCACAGGGGCUGAUACUGAACCAUCCGGCGACCGGAGGGUUUCUGUCGCACUGCGGAUGGACGUCAUUGACGGAGGCGGUGAGUGCAGGGGUUCCGUUGAUGACGUGGCCGAUGUUUGCGGAGCAGUUUUACAAUGAGAAACUGGUAACGCAGGUGCACGGCUUUGGGGUCGAGGUGGGCGCAGAGGAGUGGACCCGCACGCCGUACGAUGUGAUGCAGAAGGUGGUGAGUAGGGUUAAGAUUGAGAAUGCUGUGAGGAGGUUAAUGGACGGUGGAGAUGAAGCCGAUGAGGUGAGGAGGAAAGCCAGAGAGAUGAGAGACAGAGCGAGAGAAGCCGUUGAAGAAGGUGGGUCCUCUCAGAGAAAUUUAACGGCCCUGAUUGAAGAUCUUAGAGAACUUACUGUGAGUCGGAUUCCACAGUAAUUGUUGAGUUCAAAUAAUAGACUUGAGUCAUGAAUAAGUGGAUUAAGAUUCAGUAAGAUUUACUUUAUAUAUAAAAUAAAUGUUCGUUCUUCGUGCAAUAGGUUGUGGGGUUUUUUUUUUUUGGCCAAAAUAGGUUGUGGGGUUGAGAUGUGAUUGUUUCCUUGUAUUUGUAUUGCUGAUUCAAUUUUCCAUAUCUUGGCAAAAUGCGUCGGGCAUUGACUGACAUUUG